CGGAAUGUUCAACUCCUGAUCCGGCGGAAGCGUGGGAGCCGCACCGGCUGCUGUCCUCCCGACCCCCCGCCGUUACCGCCGCCGCCGCCCUCGCCUCGUGCGGGGCCUCUGCGCCCCCGGCUGCUGCUCGCGCCUCGCCCGGGAGCCAGAUUUUGUGGAAGUAUAAUACUUUGUCAUUAUGAGAUGUCGUCUCUCAGUCCCUCCUUUGUGCAAAUUAAAUUUGAUGACUUGCAGUUUUUUGAAAACUGCGGUGGAGGAAGUUUUGGGAGUGUCUAUCGAGCCAAAUGGAUAUCACAGGACAAGGAGGUGGCUGUAAAGAAGCUACUGAAAAUAGAGAAAGAGGCAGAAAUACUCAGUGUCCUCAGUCACAGAAACAUCAUCCAGUUUUAUGGAGUAAUUCUUGAACCUCCCAACUAUGGUAUCGUCACAGAAUAUGCUUCUCUGGGAUCACUCUAUGAUUACAUUAACAGUAACAGAAGUGAAGAGAUGGACAUGGAUCACAUUAUGACCUGGGCAACCGAUGUAGCCAAAGGAAUGCACUACUUACAUAUGGAGGCUCCCGUCAAGGUUAUUCACAGAGAUCUCAAGUCAAGAAAUGUUGUUAUAGCUGGUGAUGGAGUACUAAAGAUCUGUGAUUUUGGUGCCUCUCGGUUUCAUAACCAUACAACACACAUGUCCUUGGUUGGAACUUUCCCUUGGAUGGCCCCAGAAGUUAUCCAGAGUCUCCCUGUGUCUGAAACUUGCGACACAUAUUCCUAUGGUGUGGUUCUCUGGGAGAUGCUAACAAGGGAGGUCCCCUUUAAAGGUUUGGAAGGAUUACAAGUAGCUUGGCUUGUAGUAGAAAAAAACGAGAGAUUAACCAUUCCAAGCAGUUGCCCCAGAAGUUUUGCUGACCUGUUACAUCAGUGUUGGGAAGCUGAUGCCAAGAAACGACCAUCGUUCAAACAAAUCAUUGCAAUUUUGGAAUCCAUGUCAAAUGACGCUAGCCUUCCUGACCAGUGCAACUCAUUCCUGCACAACAAGGCAGAGUGGAGGUGCGAAAUCGAGGCUACUCUUGAGAGGCUGAAGAAACUAGAGCGUGAUCUCAGCUUUAAAGAGCAGGAGCUUAAAGAACGAGAAAGACGUUUAAGGAUGUGGGAGCAAAAACUGACGGAGCAGUCCAGCGUCCCGCUGCUGCCUUCCUUUGAGAUUAGUGCAUGGACUGAAGACGACGUGUACUUUUGGCUUCAGCAGCUCGUCACAAAAGGUGAUUCUUCAGAGGAGAUGAUUGUAUAUGCAAGCUUGUUUAAGGAAAACAACAUUACAGGGAAGCGGCUGCUGCUUUUGGAGGAAGAAGACUUGAAAGACAUGGGCAUUGUCUCCAAGGGGCAUAUCAUUCAUUUAAAGUCAGCCAUUGAGAAAUUAACCCACGAUUACCUAAACUUGUUUCACUUUCCACCACUAAUUAAGGACUCAGGAGGUGAGCCUGAAGAAAAUGAGGAAAAAAUAGUGAACCUUGAACUUGUGUUUGGUUUUCACUUGAAACCUGGAACUGGCCCACAGGAUUGUAAAUGGAAAAUGUAUAUGGAGAUGGAUGGGGAUGAAAUUGCAAUAACCUACAUAAAAGAUGUGACAUUCAACACUAACCUACCUGAUGCAGAGAUUUUAAAGAUGACAAAGCCCCCAUUUGUGAUGGAGAAGUGGAUUACAGGAAUAGCAGACAAUCAGGCUGUAGAGUGCACUGUCACAUAUGAGAGUGAUGUUAGAGCUCCAAAGAGCACCAAACACGUCCAUUUGAUCCAGUGGAGUAGAAUGAAACCUCAGGAUGAAGUGAGAGCAGUCCAACUUGCCGUUCAGUUGUUCCCCAACUCAGAGGGCAACCCAGGAAGCAGAUCCAACUCAAGUGCUGAGUGCCAGUGGUUAGACAUUCUGAGGAUGCGCCAGAUCGCUUCCAACACUUCCUUACAGCGGUCCCAGAGCAAUCCUAUCCUGGGGUCUCAAUUUUUCCCAUACUUUGAAAACCAGGAUUCUUAUGCUGCUGCUGUGCGGCGCACCCAGCUGCCUAAUAAGUAUCAGCAGAUCACACCUAUCAACCAGUCCCGAAGCUCCUCUCCUACUCAGUAUGGACUGACCAAAAACUUUUCUUCUCUACAUCUCAACUCCAAGGACAGUGGCUUUUCUAGUGUUACAACUGACAGCUCUUCAGAGAGGGGUCGAUACUCAGGUAGAAGCAGGGACAAAUACGAUCGUGGUAGUGUCUCCCUAAAUUCUUCACCGAGAGGGAGAUACAGUGGGAAAAGCCAGCAUUCCACGCCUUCCAGAGAAAGGUACUACAAGGUUUCUCAGUCAGCACUUCAUACUCGCCAGUCACCUGACUUUAAACGGAGCCCACAGGAGCACAGGCAACCCAGGACAAUACCAGGGAUGCCUUUGCGCACUGAGGUAGGAGCCAGUGAAGAAGGGACUAAAGUCGGUGAUGGAUGGAUUCAAGUGGAGUACCGGAAGAAGUCCCACAGGCCCUCUCCAGCCAAGACUAGCAAAGAGCGAGCCAGAGGAAACUACCGCGGACGCAGAACUUUUUGAUGAGUGGAAACUAGUUAAAUUUUCUAAGCAG